AUGGCGACAACGAGCCUCUCCAAAAGAAAACAAAUCAGAUUGUCAUCUAACAGCAGUAAUCGCGAUUCUCAAAAGAUCAGCAAGGGACAUGUACACGCCUUGCAAUGUCUAAACAGAAUGGAAGAGUUAAGAGCGAGCGAGAUCCUUUGUGAUGUUGUUUUGGAGAGCAACGACGGAAAACUUUUCAAAGUGCAUAAACUUGUUUUGGCUUCCUGCAGCUCGUACUUUCAAGCCAUGUUCACAAAUGAGAUGAGGGAAUCCAGGGAGAGCAAGAUUAAAAUGGCCUUAGAGUCGAAUGUUUUGAAAGUUCUGGUAGAAUAUGCUUACACCUGCAAAAUGGACCUCAAAUCUCUGGCUGAUGUCAAAGAUGUCUUGGUUGCCGCCAACAUGUUGUUGUUUUCCGGAGUGGAAACUGUUUGUGUGGAUUUCAUUAGCAAAAAAAUCAGCAAGAGCAACUGUGUCGAUAUACUAACAUUUGCUGAAGCAAUAUCAAGUGAGGAAUUAUUAAAAAAUGCGUUUGAAUACAUGGAGAGGAACAUUAUGGAAAUUAGUUCUCACAAAGGUUUCCUCUCCUUGCCUACAAAUCUGAUGACCAAACUUGCAUCCUCUGAAAAUCUGAACAUUUGCAGUGGUGAAGAGGGACUUCUAAAACUUGUUUUGUCAUGGGUAAAUCAUGAUCCCGAUAGCCGAUUUCCACAUGUUCCUGAUGUAAUAAAAAAUGUGCGACUUCCUCUUAUUCCAAGAAAUCAUCUGAUACAAUGUCUUGGAACUGAAUUUGAAGUACUCAAGAAACAUGGUUGUCAAGCUCUCAUAGAAGAAAUAGAUAACUAUCAGCUGCAUCCAGAGAAGAGGUGUUUUAUUCAAACACUCCGAACACACCCCAGGCAAAACACUCCUAAAAAGCUGUGCAUAGCAGGUGGCCUGUCAGGAUUUGACAGUCCUGAUAGAUAUUUGAACAGAAUGGACUACUUCUACUUGGAGGAUGAAGAGAAAUGGGGAGAAAUGCAGUCAAUGUCUGUUGCCCGAGAAUCAGCAGCCGUUGUUAAACUCAAUGGCCUCAUCUAUGUGAUCGGUGGGGUUAGUUUCACAGCUAACCUUGGCUCUGUUGACUGCUACAACCCACAACUGGACUCAUGGAGUGAACUUCCACCACUUAAACUUUGCAAGGGGCAAGUGGCUGGCACUGUAUUCAAUGGAUGUAUCUAUGUGAUUGGGGGAACAGAUGAUUACCUCAGGGAAGGUCUGAAAACUGUAGAGAAGUACGACCCAUUUACUAAUGAAUGGGAGGUGAUCACGCCCAUGCACACGGGCAGAGGAGUUCUUGGUGUGGCUACGCUAGAAGGCAAAAUAUACGCUUGUGGCGGAGCAAAUUUCAAUUUUGCGUUCUCGUCCGUUGAAGCUUACGACCUGCAGAAAAAUCGGUGGCACUCUGCUCCGCCCAUGAAAAGAGCACGAGCUUUUCAUGACGUGGUCGUUGCGCACGGUUGUCUGUACGCGCUUGGAGGCGCUGAAAUGCAGAAUGGUCAGAUAGCAAACGUUCAAGCCUCGGUAGAGAAAUUUUGUCCACAAAAAAAUCACUGGACUAUUAUAAAAUCUCUGAACUUGCCUGCCUGGGGAAUCAGGGCUGCAGUUAAUGAGAGACCACGUGAUCAGGACGUGGAUGUUUACAUCGUUGGACAGUUUGUUGUGGGAUCAGAUUACGGUGCGAUAGCCAGACUCUGCCUUGGUGAUGACGAUACGUACAUGCUUGUGCGCGUUCCGUAUGUCGACGAACCAUCACCUAGGAUUCAGGCAGGAGUUGUCAUAUUGCCAUGAAGGUAUUGAUAUGCAGAAUAUAAGAACAUUUUAUUUAAGACUUACGAGAAGUCUAACUUUAUCGCACACUUUAAAAAAAGUUCACAUUUACCGCUUGCCAAGGUAAAGGGUGUGUCUCGACACCCGUUUCCUUAAAGGAGACAUUGAAAAUAUACCAUGGAACAUAAAGACAAGCUGGCCGAUGUUAUUGUAUCACUCAAAGCGAAAACU